GCGUCUAAUACGGUCCGUUUUAAAAUCCUAAAAAGUAAAUACUUAUCACAUUGUAUCUCCGAUGACCGUACUGGACUUUUUGUUUUUUUUUGGGGUAUUUGAGAUUCGGAAUUUGUUUCGGGGGAUAGUGGAGUAGAUCAUGUUUACGGGAGGAGGGACGGUUGGACCGAAAGCCGAGGUGGUGGACCGGGAAGGGAUUAGCGAAGGUUACGAUGUUAAUCGGUCCGAGGGCAAAGAAACAGCCGGAGCUAACUCUGUGUUGAUGGGGACGCAGAUGCAUGAUUCUCGUUCUGCUACUCUCUCCCGGACUGACAUUUUCCAAGCUGUAGAUACCUCAGAAGUAUCUGAGGUCAGUGGUUCGGACGAAGAAGACUUGGCAUGGACUACCUGGUUCUGUAAACUACCUGGAAACGAAUUCUUAUGCGAAGUCGAUGAUUAUUUCAUCCUAGAUGACUUCAACUUGUGUGGACUCAGACAUCAAGUUCCUUACUACGACCACGCUCUCGAUUUGAUUCUCGAUGAUGAUUCUUCUUCUCAUGGUAAGAUGAUUACAGAUGAACAGAACGAGUUGAUCGAGUCAUCGGCUGAGAUGUUAUACGGAUUGAUUCAUGCUCGUUACAUAUUGACAAGCAAAGGAUUCCUUUCUAUGGUAAACAAAUACGAUAAGCAUGAGUUUGGAAGAUGCCCCAGAGUUUAUUGUAGUGGCCAAUCUUGUUUACCUGUUGCUCUAUCCGAUGUCCCUGGAGCAAGUACCGUGAAGAUAUAUUGUCCCAAGUGUGAAGACAUUUAUCACCAAGGAAGUAGUAGUAUCCUUUUGUUGGUUCGCAUUCGGUAUUUUUCCCAUCUUUGUGUUUUGGUCUUCUUUAUACAUAUCAAAACAGAUAUAGAUGGAGCUUACUUUGGGUCAGCGUUUCCACAUCUCUUUCUCAUGUAUUACCCAUCUAGGAGGCCCAAAAAGGUGUCGUCGCAAAGCUAUGUUCCAAGAGUGUUUGGGUUCAACUUACACAAGCCGUGAAGAGAACACCAAAAGGAAGAAGAUUAUUACCUAGAGACUUGUCCCUGUGAUCAAAAACAAAAUUGUAUCACCAAGUUGACAACUAGUUUAUAUAUAGAAUAAACUCUAUAAAUUAAUAUUCGAUAAAUUAAUAAAAAAUAUUAAAAAAUA